CUAUGGGCUGCGACAACAUUGACCAGGAUGGUCUUUCCGGGUCCUCGCACGCUUCUCUGUGCUCCAGCCGGCCUGUGCUGCGGUUGGGAGAACCGUUUGUGCAGGAACAGAAAUGAGUAGAAGCGCCUGGCAGAGUAGAAGACGCGGGCGAAGCCGCCAGCAGAACCCCGCCUUCAGUCAGGGUGACCCUAGUGAGAGGUCCACCACAGAGACAUCGCAGAGCCCACAAGAUUCUGACCACCAUGAUGCUGAGGCCCCAUCAACCUCGUCCAGCAGAGCUGGAACAUCGUCCGUACCAGAUCUUCCGGGCUUUUAUUUCGACCCUGAAAAGAACCGCUACUUCCGUUUACUCCCUGGUCACAACAACUGCAACCCCCUCACAAAGGAGGGCAUCCGGCACAAGGAGCUGGAGAGCAGAAGGCUGCAGCUGCUGCACCAAGAGGACAAGCAGAAAAAGAAAAUUACCAGAAUAGGAUUUAACGCAUCUUCCAUCCUACGAAAAAACCAGCUGGGUUUUCUCAACACGGCCAGUUAUUGCCGUUUAUCCCAUGAGCUUCGGGUGAGCUGCAUGGAGAGGAGAAAGGUAGAGAUUCAGAGCUCAGAUCCUUCUGCUCUAACAAGUGACCUGUUCAACUUCAUCCUGGCAGAUACUAGCAGUGACUGCCUCUUCACAGUGAAUGAUGUCAAAAUUGGAGGAUCCAAGUACGGCAUCAUCAACCUGCAGGGUCUGAAGGCCCCCACGUUCAAGGUGCACAUGCAUGAAAACCUGUAUUUCACCAACAGGAAGGUGAACUCUGUGUGCUGGGCCUCACUCAGUCACUUGGACUCCCACAUCCUCCUGUGCCUCAUGGGCCUUGCAGAGACACCAGGCUGUGCCACCCUGCUCCCAGCAUCUCUGUUCGUCAGUAAUCACCAAGCAGGUACCGACCAGCCUGGCAUGCUCUGCAGUUUCCAGAUCCCUGGUGCCUGGUCCUGUGCCUGGUCCCUGAACAUCCAGGCAAAUAACUGCUUCAGUACCGGUUUGUCUCGGAGGGUCUUACUGACCAAUGCGGUGACAGGACACCGGCAGUCAUAUGGGACCAACAGUGAUGUCCUGGCUCAGCAAUUUGCAGUCAAGGCUCCUUUACUUUUUAAUGGCUGUCGUUCUGGGGAGAUCUUUGCCAUUGACCUACGUUCUCCAAGUCAAGCCAAGGGCUGGAAGGCCACCCGCAUCUUCCAUGACUCAGCAGUGACCUCUGUGCGGGUCCUCAAGGAAGAGCAAUACCUGAUGGCAUCAGACAUGGCUGGAAAGAUCAAGUUGUGGGACCUGAGGGCCACCAACUGUGUGCAGCAGUAUGAAGGUCAUGUGAAUGAGUAUGCCUACCUGCCCCUGCAUCUGCAUGAGGAGGAAGGGAUCCUGGUGGCAGUGGGCCAAGACUGCUACACAAGAAUCUGGAGCCUCCAUGAUGCCCACCUGCUCAGAACCAUACCUUCCCCAUACCCCACCUCCAAAGCCAACAUUCCUAGUGUGGCCUUUUCUCCUCGCCUUGGGGGCCCCCAGGGAGCCCCAGGGCUGCUCAUGGCUGUCCAGCAGGACCUUUACUGUUUUUCCUACAGCUCAUUGUGUCCAGGCAAUCUGGAGGAAGGCAGGUGGGAGUGAAUGGCAGCUCCCUUCAGUUUCUAACAAGGACUUUUUAAGUGGCGCCUGAUGUAUUCAGUUGGUGUUGUUCAGCUUGAGGGCAGUGCAAAGUGGUUGACAUGGGGGGGCUGGAUAAUGACUCAGCUGUUAAGAGCAUUGGUUGCUCUUCCAGAGGACCAGGUUCAAUUCCCAGCACCUACAUGGCAGCUUACAGCCGUCUUCAAUUCCAGUUCCAGAAUCCAAUACCCUCUUCUGGCCUUAGCACCAGGCAUGCAUGUGGUACAGACAUAACAUGCAGGCAAAACACCCAUAUACAUAAAACAAAAAAUGCAAUUUUUUUCCAAGUAGUUUAUGUGGAAUAAGUUCAGUAAAGUGGCAGUUAAAUUGUGGGUUCGGGGACAUGAAAGGCCUUUUCCUAGGAGGUACUUCUUGGCUUUUCCUAUUGAAUUCCAUAGACAUUUCCCCCAUUCAUUGGCAAAGCAAAAUUAAUUAAAGCUACUGCUGACACCAGGAACCAUCCAUGGUGGAGACUGAGUGGUCAGUGCUGCAGCCCCAGGAAGAGCUGCCUCAUCUACCCUGGAGAAAGGCAUCGGGUGCAGAGGGAGCAGCAGGCCAUGGCUUUGUGUCUGCGGAUUCAGGGCCAGCAUUGAAGCCAUUUACAUUGCCUUCUCAGACGAUGCCAAUAAGUCCUGGAUUCUUCUGUUACCAUGCACAGGCAUUGGAAGGGACGGCGGAUCUCUUCGAGUGCUGUGGCUCUAAACAGUCCUGAACACACCUUUCUUGAGUCUUCAGGAUGUGUAAGGGACAGCCGCUUCUGUUACAGUGACUUGAAUGUCAGCUCUAAAGCCCAAGGCCACAUUUGGCUUUGACUUUUUUGCAAUCUUGGAGCUGCAGUUUAUGAAAUAUUUAUAGUGUUAAAAUCCUUUCUACCAACCAAUAAAGUAAAAAGAAGCAUG